GCCAAACAUUGUUCUGGUUUGAUAAUUUAUGUACGUAUAUAUAAGCAUUCAAUUUCAUUGAAUUCAGGUUUUGUAUAAUUGUAUCAACUGCAAGAUGUUCCCUCUCAUUGAAUUGAAUUCAUCAAUUCCAAUCAUCUCGGUUCUUGUGCCGCCAUUACUCCUUCAGUUUUUUUCUUUAUCUUUAGUAUUAGGCACAAAUUUUGUAAAAAGGCAGCUAUUCCCCAAUAUAGUUUGCCAAUCAAGAAAAUAAGUAUCAAAUCGGCAGAUAGAGAUGGAGGCGGUGAGGGUAGCAGUUAUUUUAGUGUUGUUAACGAUGAGUGCAGUAUUGGGUGAAGCCCGGAGCGGGGGAUGGGAAGGAGGAGAAAAGAGGAGCCGCCGCCGCCACAGAUCUGGUGCUCCCACUUGUGAUCCCUUAUACUUGUUCCUUUUCGGAAGCUGCGGGCAGUGGCCUUAUUCAUCACCUCAUAAUAAUAAUAAUCCCUUUACAUGCCCCCUCCCUACUACUCGCCCCCGCCCUCCUCCAUUACCGCCGCCUGUUCUGCCCCGCCUCUCCCCACCGCCGCCACCUCCCCCUUCACUGCCUCCGCCCUCUCCAUGUCCCACCCAGCCAUCAGCUUCACCUCCCCCUCCGCUGGUUCCAUCUCCCCCACCUCCCUCUCCGGUCCCAUCGCCGCCGUUGAUAAUCUACCCCCCACCACUAGAUCUUUCCCCACCGCCGCAGCUGACACUCCCAUGGCCAUGGCCACCAGUUGUCCAGAUAAUCCCAUCUCCACCGCCAAUACCAGUAACUUUGCCUCCCGAUCUAUCCGCGCCGGCACCACCACUUGUCCCGAUACUUACGCCUCCGCAGGAGGAGCCGAUAUGGACACUGCCGCUGCCAUCAACAUUUACUCCGCCGCCAGAAAUUCCAGAACAGCCGCCCGCAAUUGUUAUGCCGCCUCCUUUGGAGACACCUGUUGAGCCUUUGCCGUUCAUAUCAACGCCGCCGUCCGUACCAAGCUUAGUCGACUCCCCUCCCUCGAAUAAAUAACUAAUAGUGGAUUACAUACUUCAACUCUUUAAGGGUGUAUGUAUCACAAAUUAAUAAAUAAAUAAACACGG